AGCUAUUUGUUACAUUGAACUUGGAACCUCAAUUACUGAACCUGGUUGUGAUUUCGCCUAUACGGUGUAUGUAGGAUGGAAAGCUGUUGCAUUCGCAUUCAUGUGGGUUUCCGUAUUUGUGACAUAUCCUGCAUCGGCUGCUGUUCAAGCCAUGACCUUUGGCCAAUACAUAAUUAAUGGAUUGGCCCCUGUUAUGCCGAUUGACCCGACAUGGCAUGAUUUCACAGAAAGGUCCAUGGGUUAUAUUCUUCUAGUCGUACUGGUUGUGCUGAAUUUCUAUGCACUUGACAAAUAUGCUGCUCCCUUUCAAGUAGCAGUUACCAGUGCCAAAAUGCUUGCAAUGUCUAUCAUUGUAUUCGCAGGGUUUUAUUAUUUAUUUAUUGGAGUUUUUAUACAAAUAGGUUGGACUAAGAACUUGGAGCACCCAAUGGAAGGAAGUGUCUGGGCGCCUGGAAAAUUGACACUUGCGUUUUACGGUGGUUUAUGGAGUUACGCUGGUUGGGAUAUACUGAACUAUGGAACGCCAGAGAUCGAGAAGCCGACACGUACUAUGCCUUUGUCAUUGAUAACGGGUAUACUGAUCGUCUGUAUCACUUAUGUGGCUAUCAACAUAUCUUAUUUUGUCAUACUGACACCGGAUGAAAUGAAAAAUAGCACUGCAGUGGCGGCGGACUUUUCCCAAAGAGCCUUGGGAAACUUCUCCUAUGCGAUUCCAUUUAUGGUAGCCUUACUACUCAUUGGUACCUUAAACAGUAACCUAUUCUGUGCAUCACGGUUCAUGCAUGCUGCAUCCCGUGAAGGCCAUCUACCGACAUUUAUGAGCUGUCGUCAUGAAGCGUCAAACAGUCCUCGAGCGGCUCUGCUUGGCCAAAUGGUCUGUACAUUUGCGAUGACAUUUGUCGAUAUUGACACUUUAAUUAAUUAUGUGACAUUUGUAAUGUGGUCACAAAAAGCUGUUACGAUAGCAGCAUUACUGUAUCUACGCUAUGCUCAAUUACCGGUUGCUCAAAAUGCAAUCAGGAUACCUAUUGGUUUGACAAUUUUCUUCUUGAUCAUUAGUAUUGUACUGGUCUUUGUACCAUUCGUUGAAGAGCCAAUAGUAACUUUUACUGGUGUAGUAGUGGUUGCCAGCGGUUUGGUAGUGUACUAUGCAUUAGUGAAGCCGAUCAAUGCUCCGAGGCCAUUGAAAAUACUUGAUGAUGCGAUGACGCGACUUACUUGUCGGUUACUGAACAGUCGACCGGAUUCGAAGAAAACCAACAAAGAAAUAGCAAAACAUAGCGAUGAACUACGUGAACUUGAUCAACGGCAAUCUUAA